AGUUGAGCGCAGAAUCCGCUGUCUGUUUCAAUCUGAUAAUUUCCAAAUAGAAUAAAUUGUAGGGUUUUGGCAGCUAAGAUUCUGCUCUUUAAAGAGUACUUCAGUGGAUAAAAAAAUGAUUUUUUUCGCCCGUCGGGAUUGUCUUCUUGCUUCUCUUUUGAUUCGAAUGUCUUCCUUCAACUAUUCUUAUCUUCCAUCGUUCGAUAAAUGGCAAACUUUUAAUUGCGUGUUAAAGGGGGUUCUUUUUUUUAGUAUUAAGUCACGCUUCUUUCCUUUAAUUGUUUUCGUUGAAGAUUUCUUUCUUCAAAAUCCCUUCUUUUUUUAACAGGUCGAUGCUUUCACAUAACAAAUCUUCUUUUGGACUGAUUGAAUUCUUAAGGAGAGGGAGUUUCAGGCUAUUUAGCGAAGGAGUUGGUGCUAUAUUCUCUGUAUUACAUAGGCUUUCGGUAUUGCUGGAAGCCUGCUUUUGGAAGGUAUAGUAUGGGUUCCAUUUGUUCAUGCUUCCGCGUUGAGGAUUUUGAAGAAUAUCGGAACCCCUAUGAAUCAGUCUAUGGCCGUUGCGUCUGUCUACGAUUCUUGUCUCAGAGGUUCAUGCUUAUGUACGCUUUAUUAUCGCAACGUGAAGGGCACACGGCUCCUUCAUCUUCAUCAUCCUUGGUUUCUGUUGCACCAAGAACAGAUGAAUCUUUUUCUGACACAUUCCGAUCUCUUCCAAGACCUCUAGCUUUUGAUGAUCCUAGAUUCACCCAGAGAAGGCAUUACAAGCCUUUAACUCAUUCUGACGAGGAAUCAGAGCAACUCAGAAGAGUUAAGAAGGAUGACAAGAUAGAAUCGACAAGCUUACCAGCCAAGUUAUGUGGUUAUAACUCUGGAGAAUUCACAAAGUGCUGCUCAGAGUCCUCACUGAAGCAUCCCUCGAUUGAAAUAACAGGUGGGGCAACAUACAUGUUUCCUUCAUCUGAAGAGGAGGAUGUGUGCCCAACAUGUCUUGAAGAGUAUACUUUUGAUAAUCCCAGGAUCAUAUUGCAAUGUUCCCAUCAUUUUCAUCUUGGUUGCAUAUAUGAAUGGAUGGAGAGAAGCGAACUAUGCCCUGUCUGUAGCAAGGUGAUGGUCUUCAAUGAAACCAGUUGAUGAAACACCAAUACAGCUUCCCUUCAGUUUAUUAUAUUGCCCAAAGACAAGGAUGACAAUGGUGCCUAUAAUUUGUGAAUAUGCAGGUACUUCAUCAAGUGAAAUUUAAAUCUGAGAGAGAUUUCAUUUAUGAAAUUUAAAUCUUUUAUUCUUUCCCUCUAUGAUGUGCAUAACUUGCACAGAUGAAACACUGCUGUUGCUUCCUCUUCCUCUACUGGAAGGAGGAUUGUUUUGAACAGCUUUUAAAAUCGUGUUGUAGAAAGCUAUGAUUGGAAUUAUCUAUCAAUUUAUAAUUUUUUUAAGCAUUAGCUAGUUAAGACUGCAUCUACAUGUCUGAAUAGUUUUGUGAUCAUAUUUAUAAAUGUUGAGAUUAAUAUUAUAAUUAAGGGCCUAUUUGGAGUAA